AUGAACACUGAGAGAUAUAGAAGGUUGAUUGAACUUAUGCAAAUUAGAACCAACGUGGAUAUCCCAGCAAUUAGCGAUCCGGAUUCAUUAUGCAAAAGAUUCGUUAAAAUAAAAGACGUUAACCAGAUUACAGCAUAUCGUAUUUAUUGGAUUAACUUUCGCGAGGAGGCACAUCGAGUCAGUGAUGAGGACAUGAAGUUUAUAAAAAGUGCUUCAACUAUAUCAUUUGGUGAAUCGGACCAAACGGUGAAAGAGAGAUAUUAUAAUUUGGCGAAUCAAAUACGAGCGAAAAUGGAAUAUUUUGAAAACUAA